CUUACUGGAUUAAGACAUCCCCGUAAUUUAAAAUGGUUUAGUCCGCCCUGUUAAAAGGGUGGAAUUUUCUAGGGUUGGAUCAGUUCUGGUGAGGGAUCCCAUGAGUAACAUCUGAGGUCCAGAACUCUGAUUUAUAAUUUUUUUUAAUUUUUUUUUUUUCCAGUUAUUUAUUUUAUUCAUUUUUUCCCCUGUUUGCACCUGUGAGAUGUGUGUAGCAAUAAAAUUAAGACAAGCUUCUAAGAGUGCCUCCUGAAUAUUUUUGGAAGAACCCUGACAACAUGGUGGCAGCGGUGGGAUGGUGUCCAGAAGGAGGUCACUUUUAGAGAGUCAAGAAUGGCGCCCAAGAAAGCGAUGCGCGCUGUUGCUCCUGCUGACGUCGUGAUCGUACCCGAGGAGGGAGAGGAGGUGACAGGUACAGCUGGGCAGGUGUCUGACCACGAGGCGGAGAGCGACGUGCUGGAGCUUAAACAGAUGUUUCAACGGUUUAUGCAAGAUCAGCAAGACAGAGAUGCACGUCAAGCACAAGAGGAAGCUCGACAAGAGACGAGAUGGAAAUCUCUUCAGCAUCAGUUCCAUCUUCUUCAAGGUGAAGUCAGCCAGCGAAUUUCGUUGGAAGAUCUGCGAGGCAGGGGAGCCGACAAGCCAGAGGAAUUGCCGAGAGCUUCUAUUGGCUCCCGCAAUAUGAGCCAUGGAUAUGUGCUGCAGGAACCAAAGCUGCAACAAUUGUGUGAGUCCGAAGACAUUGAGCAUUAUUUAACCACGUUUGAACGGAUUGCUGAGGUGUGUAGAUGGCCGAGGGAGGACUGGGCCAUUAGACUCAUUCCGUUGCUGACUGGCAAGGCACGCAGCGCAUACGUGGCCAUGGAUGUUGUAGACGCAGUUGACUACGCGCAGGUAAAGGAGGCUAUCUUGAAGAAGUAUUCCAUCAACCAUGAAACGUAUGGACAGAGAUUUCGUGCUAUGGAUGUGCUGGAAGAAGAGACCCCUAAAGAGCUGUAUGUUCGUUUGAAAGACUUGUAUACGAAAUGGGUGAGACCGGCAGAGAUAACGAAACAGGAGAUCGGAGAGAUUAUUAUCCUUGAACAAUUCCUGCGGAUGCUUAGUCCAGAAUUGCAGACGUGGAUCAAAGAACAUGGCCCGGCUACAGCUGAGGAGGCGGCGCGUCUAGCUGAUGUCUUCGUGGCAGCGCGUCGUAGAGCUGAGCCCUGGAGUUUCUCUCGCUGGAAGACAGCGCGAGAUAGAUCUUCCCGACGGCCAAGUUCAGCAUUCCAAGGAAGUAGGUCUACAAACGAGGCAAGUGUGAAUCGAACUGAGAACUUUGGUGCCUCUGUUUUAGAGACUAUUAAAUGUUAUAAAUGUGGUCAAUUAGGUCAUAAAAAGCCAAUGUGCCCGCAGCUGACGAAAACUCUUACUAAUGUGUGUUAUGUGCCUCGAGAGACCGUACCUGAACCUGCUGAUCUCCCUGUUCCAAAUCAAUGAUAAGAACUGUUGAGUUGAAUGGGAAAAAGUCACUGCCUUAAUAGAUACAGGUUGCAGGCAAACCCUUGUAGAAUCAGAACUGGUACCUGAAUUAUGUGCUAGUAGUGAUGCUCCGGUAAUAGUGAGAUGUGUUCACGGAGAGGAGCGACAUUAUUCUGUCACUAAUGUGUAUAUGGGUAUAGCGGGGCAAACCUAUUUGAUGAAGGUGGGACUUGUACAGAAUUUACCAUAUCCAGUGAUCUUAGGACAUGAUUUCCCGGCUCUAAUGGAUCUGUUACCUUUCCGAGAUACUUGUAAUGUAGUUCUCACGCGGGCUCAAAGCAAACAGAAUGAAAGUGAAGAUGAAAACCCAUGGGUGUCUUUGCCCUUUUAUGAUUCUGACCUGUCUGUAAAUGAGUAUAAAGUAAAGAAAUCUAGGAGGGAAAGAAAACAGGAAAAAUUGAAAAGAACCAUAGGGCAGGUUAGAGAA